CCAAAUGUUGAAUUGGAUUGAAGAGGAAGAAAUUAUCUUCGCCGUUCUUGCUGCACACGAGAACUGAGAAGCAGACAAAUUGCGAAAUGUUUUUGCAAGUAAUUUCAACACUUCUAUUAGCUAGUGGAGUGCAAUGGGGCUCAGGUGGUGCUCCAGAAGCUGUAGUUUUUCCACAGCCAGUUGUAGAGAUCUCUGGUGAGCCUAUUGGGCAUUUGAAACCGUUCGGACUUCAGCGAGACCCUGAAGGGCCUGUGAAAGUGUACAGCGAACCACUCGCAGCCGAAGAAUUCUGGCAAAACCACGUCAAGCCCCACAUUCCCUUGGUUUACAGACAAGCUAUUAAAAAGUCACCUGCUUUGAAGAGCUGGACUGAUGAGUAUAUGGCAAAAUAUUUUGGUGACUUGGACGUGCUUGUUGAAUUGAAGAAAGAAAACAGAUCCAGUUCAUCUGGUCGUAUGAGACUGAAGGAUUUUCUAAAAAUUUACAAAGAUGAGGAAGUUUAUGUUGUCAGCAUGCUGCCAUCAGAAAUGAUGGAAGAUGUGCAGGCAGUGCCAAGCGUUAUGUGUGGAACUUUUAAGAAUUUCACCCAUGAAUCAAAUUUAUGGAUAAGCAAUGGAGGAACUAGAUCAGUUAUCCAUUAUGAUGCAGACCACAACUUGCAUUGCAUGAUUGCAGGAAGGAAAGACUUCAUGAUGGUUGAAAAUAAGUAUUCGGAAGAUCUCUAUUUUGGACCAAAGCCACGUGGAGUUGGCUCUGGGUUUUCAAAAAUAAACCCAGAUAAAAUUGAUAUGAAUCUGUAUCCAAACCAUGGUAAGGUUCCUUGGACAUGGGCAACACUCUAUCCAGGAGAUUGUAUUUUUAUUCCAAGUGUUUAUAUACAUCAAGUCCGUUCAUAUGGCCGAAGUAUCGCAGUUACCACUCUUUUCACUGCUGAUAUGCAAGAAAGCUUUUCAAGUAAAGAUUGUACUCCAGAUGUGAUGGAAAAAUAUUAUAAGAUGAGCGAUAUUGAUUUUCGGUGGACAUACAAGAAAGGAGACGAGACAAUUGAUAUGGGUUUCAUGAAUGACGAGCUGACAAAAUAUAGGAUGGUAGAGGCAAUUAAAAGUAAAGAUCGAUUUCGAAAUAAAGAUGGGAAAUUGUAUUGGAAGCAUUUCAUAAGAUUUGGCUUCACAUUCCCACACAUGCGAAUAGCUAUGAACUAUAGCAAGGCUAAAAAUGUCUUUGAGAGUUUGAAUGGUGGAAAAGACUACAUUGAUUUAGAAAUGGUUCAAAACUUCACAAGGGAAGAAGUCAAAUCAGUUGUUAGAUUGAUAGAGAGCCCACAUGGCAUUGUUACUGAUGGAAAGGAAGAAAUUUUUGCCAAGCCUGGUGAGAGAGUCAAGUUCGAUGAAGGCGGUUUCAAUGAAAAGGAAGUAAUGAAAUUUAUUAAGGAUGCCAAGGUGACCAAACGAAUGAAGGAAGAGUAUUUCAGUAUGAUAUUUGAGGAGGAAGAUGAGGAAGAAAGUCGUGAGCGUCAAGAAGAGGAUGAAAGACAAGGCCCUGAAUCAGAAAAGCAACCAGACGAGGGGGAAUCAGAUGAAGGUGAACCAGAAGAAGGGGAAGCAGAUGAAGGGGAACCAGAUGAAGGGGGACCAGAUGAAGGGGAAUCAGAUGAACCAGAAGAAGAAGGCAAGGGUAGGGAAGGUCAAAAAGAAGAAGAAGACACCCAUGUUGAAAAUGACAGAGAGGAUGACAAAAUACGAAAAGAAGAAGAUCGCCAAAGGAAAAACGAGGAAGACGACACUACGAGCAGCAAAACUCGUGACGAAUUAUGAUUUCUAUGUUAGAGGUCCGAGAGCUUUCAUAUUUUUGGGCACAGCUUAGGGAACUUUUUUAUACUAUCAUUUUUGUUAAGGAAAGAGUGUAUUUAUUUAGAAGCUAAUGCUUUUCUGCAGAUUUGUUUGAAGUAGUCCUGCAAGAUUUUAUACAGACGCAAUUAGCAUUUAUAUGGAAAAUUCAUUCUUACUAGGGAUAUUUCUAAUGAUUAUUCUAUAUUUGCUAAUGUGUAGCUAUCGUAAUAUUAAAUAUUUUUUUCUAUCAUUAUUGAAUAAAAAUAUAGGUUUCCCUAAACCCGUUGCUUGUAUUUGUUGUUUUUUUUCAAUUUUUUAAAAAAAAUUGGCAUUUGAUCGUAGAUGAAUAGAUAAAGAAUUUAUUUAUUCGUUUUAUUCAUUUUUCAGUGAUCAAACAUUCAUAAAUCCUGA